AUGUCCACCGGCUGCUGCAACGAGGAGCAGCAGUACUUCCUGGUCACCAUAUUUGCGUACUCUGGCGCCGUCCUCCUGCUCUGGCGCGCCCUCGUCUUCAAGCCGUUCAAGCUCUUUGCGGUGGCUCUGCACGAGUUUUGCCACGCGGCGGCGGCUGCCGCGCUCCACAAUCACAUGACCAGCAUCGCCUCGUACAAGAUCCCGAGGGCGGGCUCGCCUCCUGCGCGCCGGGCGACGGCUCUGCGCGCGGCGGAGCCAGCCGAGGAGCUCGAUCGCAUGUUCUUCGACCGCGCCGAGCUGUUUGUGCGGAGCGGUGCUGGCGGCGUCGGCGCCGUCUCGAUGAACGGGCAGCGGCCCGUGGGUGGCAACGGCGGCGCGGGCGGCGACGUGGUCCUCCUGUGUGACGGCUCCCUCAACACGCUCGGCCACCUGCGCGGCCGGGCGUCGGUGCGCGGCGAUCGCGGCGACGACGCCCGCGGCAAGGAGUCUGGCCGCAGCGCGAGAGAGGCGAUCGUGCGCGUGCCUCCCAACUGCCGCGUCUCCGAGCUGGAGAGCGGCGACGCCGUCGGCGAGCUGCGCGAGCCGGGGGAGCGGCUGCUGAUCGCCGCCGGCGGCCAAGGCGGCGAGGGGAACGGAGACGGCUACCGACGGACGAGGGAUUCGCGCCGCAACUACCCGCCCGGCGGGAGCACGCGCGCGCGCCUGCUGCUCUCGAUGACACUGGUGGCGGACGUGGGGCUGAUUGGACACCCGAACGCCGGCAAGUCGGGGUUGGCGGCCUUGACCUUUGCGACCUCCGCCUUCAUGAAGACGUUGUAG